AUGAUCAGAAUCCAAAACCCCCAUCCUUUACCCUUUCUACACCAGACUGAAACAUUUCUGCGUGAAGGCACCCUCUGUGACACCAUCCUCAAAGUUGAGGAUCACAUUUUUAAAGUUCAUGCACUGGUACUGUCCUGGGCCAGCAAGAGCCUUGAGCGCCAGCUGACCAACCAAAGUUCAAGCAAGAGCUAUUGCUGCAUCGUGGACGGUGUCCCACCCCACACGGUUAGGCAAAUCCUUGAUUAUGUCUACAGCGCGUGGGUGGAGGUUCCGAAAGGGGACCUGCCAGAUCUUCUUAGAGGGGCGCAGCAUCUGGAGGUACAUUCGCUGAUAGAGCAGUGUCUGGUGCAACUGAAGAUACAAGAAGAGCUCAAACAUGCAAACAAGAGGUUCUCCCCCGAAAUCGACACAGGACAUCGUGAUUCAAGUAAAAAAAUCCCCUCCUCUGAUGAAGCAUCUCUCAGUUCUUCUUCAGAAUCUCCUCCAGUGACACAUUUCGUUUAUGAAAGGUUAAAGCAUGUCACUAGCCAGCCACCUUCACCACAGAAACCCCCUUUGUCCGUUGCUGUAGCAUCUCCCACCUCUUCCAGGGAAUCUGUUUCCACCACCGACUCAUGCUUGACCCCUUCGCUGCCCCAGCUGUCCUCGAUUCGCUGGCCUCCACUUAACCCCUCACGCCGAAUGCUCCUCAGCUAUAGCGACCUUAUAGCAAUUCAGCACAUGAUGGCAUGUUCCUACCCUGCACCCCUGUACCCAUUCUUUCAGCACUCUGUCCAGUUGCACAUGCCCUCUUCUAUAGUGGGCUACUCAGGUUUGCUUCAUCCUCACCAGCACCCUCUUCGUCCUCGGCCUCUGACACUUGAUAGCCCUCUCAUCCCAGACCUCAAAGACAAAAACGACUCCAUCAGUGACGUUCUGCCAGGCGUAGUGACUCAAGACAGAGAAAGGAAGCAAAAGGUGCAGUCAGAGAGGGAGACAAGUUGCAGAAACUGCAGAAAGCCGAUUGUUGAUAUCUCUUGGAGACCGUCGGUCAGGUCAGGAUUCUCAGGUUCAGAGUUGAUGCUGUGUAAAUUCUGUCAGAAAAGUUCAAGGGAAAAGCGAUCGCUGCGCUCACUGCAACGGGGUCUCAAAGGAGAGAAACCUUACCAGUGCAAACACUGCAACAAAAGAUUCAGUCUAAAACACCAACUAGAUACACACCUCAGAGUGCACACAGGUGAGAAGCCAUUCGAGUGUCGGCUGUGUGGUCAGCGGUCACGUGACUACUCGGCCAUGAUCAAGCACCUACGCACCCACAGUGGUGCCACGCCGUAUCAGUGCACUUUGUGUUUAGAGUUCUGUAGCAGCCUGGCUACCAUGCAGAAGCACCUGAAGGGUCACCCGAGUCAGGACUUUCCUCCGAACUGGAGCCUGAGCAGCACCUACCUUUACACCUGUCAUACAUGA